AUGUCUGCCCCGGUUUCGUCUUUCCGCACUCUCCUCGCCUCUUCUUCCAGAUCCCUACGCCCCACCCUGAAACCGCGCAUCCAAAUACGACCAUCCUCGUCCUCCUCCUUCCCUCCCCCGACCGGCCCCAGAUUCACCACCGCCAAGCCCAAAUCAGAAUGGAAGAAGCCAACCACUAUCCUGUUAAUAAUGGUUCCUUUUGUGACGGGAUACUUGGGCUGGUGGCAGAUCCAGAGACUGAGAUGGAAGCUCGAUCUGAUCGACGAGGUGGACAGAAAUAUGGAGAAACCGCCGAUGCUGCUACCUAGCCAUAUCAAUCUCGCUGCUAUUCCCGACUUCUCCUUCCGCCGCGUCCUCGUCAAAGGUCAAUUCUCUGGCCCUCCCAUCCUGCUCGGCCCUCAUACCUACGACGGUAUCGCCGGCUACCAUCUCAUCCUCCCAUUCCACCGCUCAGACGGCGGCUCCACCAUCCUCCUCAACCGCGGCUUCAUCACCACCACUCGCGCUACUGCUAUCCGUAAUCGCUCGCAGUCUGUCCCAGGCUUGACAGCCGACGGGCAAUCGACAGGGGAGGAAGUCGUCAUUGAGGGGUUGCUGCCAAAGACGGGCGAGAAGAGUGGUUUUACCCCGGACAACAAGCUGGAAACGAAUGAGUGGUUCUGGAAAGACGUGGAUUUGAUGGCGGAAGUGGCAGGGGGGUCUGAGCAGAAUGUGCAGCCGGUACUCGUCGAUGCCAUCGCUGAACCUGAGAUAUCACCCACACUCCUCAUGCAGCAGGGUACCCCCGUCGGUAGACCGCCCGUUGUCGAGCUCCGAAACCAACACGCCCAAUACGCCGCUAUCUGGCUUUCUCUGUGCGCGUCAACAACAGUCAUGGUUGGGUGGAUCCUCACCAAGGGCCGCGCAGGAGGGAAAGGCUCGGCAGGGAAGAGACCGAAAUUGUACUAG